GGAACAAUUUAAACGGUUUUCAGCGGGUGUUGAAGUCAAGUCGGACUAACGUUACUUUGUUGUGCAGAGAAAUAAAUGMCGUAUUUUACAAUUUAAUAUAUAUUAUUUUUUUCAUAAAGAUUGUUGAAGUCACCUGUAAUAUAGAGUGAACUGCUGAAGCGAAACUGAUUUUUAUUUUUCUCGAAACCGGAGGAGUUUUAUGGUCGCAACCAUGACCUCUGUACUGUCGUCGACGCAUAGCCUGAUGCAGAUGUUUAAUGGGAAGAUUCAGGAGUUCGCCAACGAAAUAGAAAAUGUCCACAUGGUGUGGCUCGAGGAGAUCCAGCAGGAAGCCAACCGCAUGUUCUCAAGUGACUUCAGUGCGGAGCCAGAACUGAUGCCAAAGACUCCAUCGCAGAAGAAGAGCAACCGCAGGAAGCGUCUAUCCGUGGGUCAGAAUGAGAACCGCACCAAGAGACGCUUCUCAAAGGGKAAACGCAGCAACCUGCGUCACUCCUCUGUGUCCACCUCCCUGAACCUGAUAGCAGAGGAUGAUGGAGGAUCUCCGGUCACACUGGAAGAGAUAGUCAAGCCCCCUCGUUCCCGCAGAGCCAAACAGACUACCCAGCCUGAGGCUGCACCACCCGUAUGCAGCACCCGCAAUGGAGCUGCUCAGACCACCAACUCUCAGCAGGAGCCAAAGGAGAUGGAGUAUGAGGCUUCUAGCAAACACAUCCAGGAGGAGAGGAUGCAGCCAGAGGAAGCUGAGAGUGAGAGGGAGUCGUCCAGCUCUGUCACCUCCCAGACCCCCUGUCUAACACCCCCUCCGACCCAGAGUCACAUGGCUGAAGCCAUAGUCAAGAUCACGGCCUCGGAGCGACGUUCUGCAGAGCUCCAGAUGCACCCCAACCCAGAGCGCUCMCCAAGCCGCACCGCCACUAAGAUAGCCAUCGCUGCCGGCACCACGCCCACGGGUUCCGGGCGGAGCUCSGCGAGACACUCCCUGACCGUGCGGCGCUCCCUGGCAGGGCUGAGACACAGCAUGACCCAGGAGUCUGUCCGCAGAGCCUCCAGGAGGUCCUUCCUGAAYAAGAAGGCUCGGCUGGGCAGCUCCACCUGCAGCAGUAACGUCAGCGGGCUUGAAGAUGGAUGGAUGGAAACGGAUGGACAUGGGGUCCAGGUGCAGACUGAUGGGGUGUUGUCAGAGGAGCCUGGAAAGACUGAGACUGACAGCCCAGCUCCUCAGACUUCUCCUGAGGAUAACACGGAGCAGAACCACCCAGGUGUUCUCUGUGUUACGGAGGUUCGUUGUUUCACUCGCUCCAUGGCCCAGAUCACUCCCACCGUGCCGCCACUAGCCUCGGUCAUCAGCAAAACCAAGACCGCCACACCAGACUCUGGAUCAGAUGGCAGUGGUCAGAAGCCAUCAUCAGGUCUGGGUCCUCGUCUCAGUGCCAAGCGCAGAGCAGCUGCCGACGAAUUCCAGAGCCCGAGGAAGAAGCCAUCACCCCCCGUUAAGAGCCAGACUGUGAGGCCCAACAUGAGGUCGUUCCUCCACACGGUCCAGAAGAACCAGAUGCUGAUGAUGACCCCSAGCUCUCUGGGUCGCAACACGGUCAUGAAGUCCUUCAUUAAACACACCACGCCGGGCAGAGCCGACCUCAAGGAAAGAGAACGCCUGAAACUGGAAGCACUAAAGAAGAAGCAGGAGCAAGAAGAGGAGAGGAAGAAGAAGAUGGAGGAAGAGAAGAGGAGGAAACAGGAAGAGAUGAAGAAGAAGAGGGAUGAACGGCUGCGGAGGGUAGUCGAGGCCCGGGUGAAGGAAGAUCAGAAAGAGGAGGAGAAGAAGAAGAAGAUUGAGCAGAAGAUGCUUCAGAUUGACGAGAAACACGACAAGCUGCGAGUGGAGCGCAUGGCAGAGGAGAAAGCCAAAAAGAAGGUGGCCACCAAACGCCAGGAGGAGCUGGAACUGAGGAGGAAGAUGGAGGAGGAUACCAGGAGGAAGAAGAUUCAACAGUCUGAGGAGGAGGAGAAGCGUCAGCAGGAGCUGCAGGCGAAGAGGAGAGCCGAAGAAGAGCAGGAGAGGGCUCGUAAGAUGACCGAGGCCCGACGAGCACUGGAGCUGAAGAAAGAACUGGAAAGAGAACUGGAGAGGGAGAGACAAGCAUCUGCUGAGAGGGAGCGGGUAGAGAGAGAGAAGGCCAUUGCUCUUCAGAGAGAAGUGGAGAGAGCUGCCCGGGAGAAAGAGAGGAGAGAGUUGGAGAAGAGGAAGAGGGAGGAGCAACAGAGGCAAGCUGAGGAGGAGAGACAGCGAGAAGCCGAGAGACUCGAGGAGAGACAGCGAGAAGCRGAGAGACUCGRUGAACGACAGCGAGAAGCCGAGAGACUCGCUGAACGACAGCGAGAAGCCGAGAGACUCGRUGAACGACAGCGAGAAGCRGAGAGACUCGCUGAACGACAGCGAGAAGCCGAGAGACUCGCUGAACGACAGCGAGAAGCRGAGAGACUCGCUGAACGACAGCGAGAAGCRGAGAGACUCGCUGAACGACAGCGAGAAGCRGAGAGACUCGCUGAACYACAGCGAGAAGCCGCCAAGAGCCACCUGACUGCUGAAGUUCAGCCCGUGGUGUUGAAGACGCCUGCAGGGAAGGGAGGAGUCCUCAACGUCACUGUGGAUAUCGAGCAGUCUCCCCAGUCAUAUGAGAUCACUCCUAAGGGGGGCAACAAGCCUGUUGUUCUCAACACCAACCCUGAGGACUAUGGGAUGGAUCAGAACAGUGAUGACUCUACUGAUGACGAAUCCGCACCGAGGAAACCCAUCCCCACAUGGGCUGAGGGCAACCAGCUGAAGCAGUCUAUGAUGAAGCAAUAUUUCCACCCGGCUGACGUGGACUCUCACUACGGGGCGAUUGAACCCCCAAAGCUGGAUCGCAUCUUCUGCAAGAGUAAACCUCGCUACUUUAAACGUACCAGCUCUGCUGUCUGGCACUCGCCACCUCGAAUGGGAGCUCUACCCCAUUAAACACUGGGAACUGGGAUAAAAUUGUUUUAUUUUUCAUUUUGGUUAUGUUCAUUCUUUCAUGUAUUAUAUUAAGAAACCCUAGCUGGAGAACACUUGAAGAGAAGUUCAGUAAGUGUAAGCAAUAUAGGUAACUUUUUUUCUUUUCUUUUAUUCUUUUAAAAAAUAAAUCUUGUAUAAAAUUUUUAAUUUCUUCUGAAUAAAAUGGAUAAUAACAUCUCCACAA